AUGGCGAUCUGGAGGAGGAGUAAUAUUGAGAGCCUAAUUGCUGACGCUCCUAUGUCUUCCUUUACAGCUUGCUGGCAGUGGUUGAGGAGUAAGGUGACUAAGGAAACCAUCACAAUAAUGGCAACUCUGAUGUGGGCGGCGUGGCGCUGUAGGAACGUUAUGGUAUUUGAGAACUCAGAACCUGAUGCUGUAAUGGUUGAGAUGGGCUACUGCAAUUAUGUUGCUGAGUAUGCAGGCUAUACUCGACGUGUUUCUCGACAGGCAGCACAUCCCUCAUCGCGUUCUGCUACGAAGUGGAAAUGCCCUGCAGCAGGGUGUGUGAAGUUUAAUGUGGAUGCCCACUUAGGUGAAAGUGCCAUGGCAGCAUUGGGGGUGGUGGUCAGAGAUCAAGAAGGCCAAUUGAUCCUUACUGCUACAAGACGAGUUCCUCUAUCAUCUCCUGAGUGUAUUGAGGCUCAAGCUGUUAGAUUUGCUCUUAUGCUGGCGAAGAGAUUUGACUAUAGGAAGAUUUGGGUGGAGUCAGAUGCGCUAAAUGUGAUUAACACGAUCUCGUGCUCAAAUUUUGUCAGCAUUUACAUUGGAUUAUUGACCUGCUCAAAUGAGAGGUUUAUGCCAGUUGUGGCUCUUGAGAAGUGCCCACCUGAGUUCAAGUUACCUUUCAAGUAUCAGAGAUCAAGGUAA